UGCAUUUAUUAUGAUUAUGAGGGGCUACGGAAUUGACUGCUGUAUAUUUGGUUGGACUCGCUGUUGACAUUGUCUGGAGACUCUGCGGGGCCAGACGCUCACCAGCCCGCAAACUCUGCCCAGAUAUCGUCUGUCGAGCUGCUGAUCCUAUCGCGCGCCGCGUCAGGGUGAUAACUUCACUUGGAAGCAAGUUCGGAUGUGGCAAGCAAACUGCAGACGAAUGCAUAAUUUAACAGACUGGAUUUCCGGGACAGUGAUGGGAGGCUGUCUGGGGAGGAGUAGGAUGGAUGGACAAGGGAGUGCCCGAAGCUCGACAAGAAGCAAAAAACGUGGAGGGCGUAAUGAGCCCCUCAAGAAGGAGCGUCCCAAAUGGAAGAGUGACUACCCGAUGACAGAAGGCCAGCUGAGGAGUAAGAGGGAUGAGUUUUGGGAUACGGCUCCGGCCUUUGACGGACGAAAAGAAAUCUGGGACGCACUCAGAGCAGCAGCCCUGGCUGCAGAGUGCAAUGACCAGGAGCUAGCACAGGCUAUAGUGGAUGGAGCCUGCAUUACUCUGCCACACGGUUCCCUCACAGAGAGUUAUGAUGAACUGGGAAAUCGUUACCAGCUCCCGGCCUACACUUUAGCCCCACCUAUCAACCUCAUCUCUGAAACAACCGGUGAGAGCAAAGUCUCUGACGCCACGCAGAAACAAGCUCAGCCCCCUCCGUGCAGACAAGAGUUCCAGCUGCGGGUUCGAUUGUCAACAGGAAAGGAUGUGCGUCUGACAGCCAGCAUGGCGGACUCCAUCACUGAGCUAAAGAAACAGUUGGAAGAAAAGGAAGAAAUUGGCGUGACCCGUCAGAGGUGGUUCUUUUCCGGGAAACUCCUGACUGACAAGACUCGUCUUCAGGACGCUAAGAUCCAAAAGGACUUUGUCGUUCAAGUGAUUGUCAAUGUGAACUCUCCAGUGAUAGUUAACUGAUGAGUGAGACAGAGGGCUUUGAAGAGAAGAAAAUAUAAGGGACGUGCCAGAGAGGGGGGCAGAAGUAGGGCUUGAAAUCAUUUUCCAGUUUGCACUGCAAUGGAUUUUGUGUACAUUUUUAUAUAAGAAUUUAUUGCUUUUAUAUUGCUCCUUUUUGUAUUUUUUUCUUUUUCCAAAUGAAAUACGAAUAUUGAAAAGCACUGAAACACUUUAGAUUAACAGUAGAGUCCUAAAAUGCACAUCCCAAUGUCUGUCUGUCUGUUUGUGUGGACAUCAACUCACAGCUCUAUUGUUACACAAGUCCGCCUCCUCGUUAUGUAUGUUUCUACUUGUGCUUCAACUGAAUAUGGUUCACCUGGGGGGUCCGAAAAAGGAAAAUGUAUUUACAAUUUUAAAGAUUUGUGUCAUACAAUUUGGAAAGGAUGACCGAAAACUGUAGAGAAACAUUAAAAUAUAAAUAUCUGUUUCCAUA